AUGUGGUUACAAUCGGUGAGAUUAAUUGAACCUGGCCUUAUUCCUCGGACUGAAUGAUAUCAAUUUUUUGAAAACUUCAGGAACUUUUUUAAUAAUGGAACUACAGUAGACAAUUAAUAUAUUGUGUUUGAUUCGAAAACAAGAAAAUGAGUCCAGAUAAAAUUUUGAAGUAACGUUCACUAUUAGUAUCUGAAUGUAAAUCUAAAAAUUCAGAAAAAAAGUAGGAAUCUCAUCUAGUCAGACAUAUUCAAGAAGUAAAGCAUCAGAUUCGAUUCGGAACUCAAAAACAAAGUAAACAAAAAAACAUAAUUAGAGAGUAUGAAAAAAACCUUGCUAUACGUUUUUUCGAAGAUAUCAUUAACCACAUACAUCAGCUUAUAUACCCAGUCAUCGAAAAAAGUGGCAUUUUGACCGGAAUAACUCAUAUGAUUAAUAGAUAUUCUCGCAAAUGCCAUUUCGUAUCAAUUUUUCAUAAAACUGAACUUUUCUCCUGGUGCACUAUUAGAAUAUUCUAUCAAUUUCAGAAAAAGUGUAAAAAAAGUUAAUCAGAUUCUUGUUUUUCCUUUUUCACUCUCAAUUUCCGUUACAGAAAUGAAUAAUAAUAAUAAAAUUGUUAGAUUUCGAUUUAGAUUCAGAAAUUGUCAUACUCAUAAGUGCAAAUUAUUUUGAGAUAAAUAUAAUUUAGACUCGAAAAUAUAAAAAAUAUAUAUUCUUCUGGAGAAAGAAAAAACAAAACAUAAUAAGAAAAUUGUUGGAUAAAUCUAUUAGUCUUGUUUUUCUAACUUAUUCAAAUGAUGAUGACUGACUAGAAUAUCAAAAUUUGCUUAACAAAUUCCUUGUUUUCAUCUGACAUGAAUUUAUUUUCAGUUAAUGACACUUUUUUUUCCCGGGUUCACCAACAUCCGGCUAUUGUUAUUUCCUUGAGAAAGUGUGUAGAGGUGCGUUGCAUAUACAAAAAUAAUUGAAAAAAUAUCUAUCGCUCAAAAAGUUUUUUUUUCGCAAAAUUCAAUAUACAUAACGAUCAUAUUUCUGCACUUUUUUGUGCAUGUGUCAGAUUACUUAUCCUCUCAUCGCAUGCGGUUCAUUUGUGCCUGAACCCUUGAGCCGACUAAUUUGAAGAGCAACACAAAAAAAACAAGAAAAUGGGAUUAGUGGGUGCAUAAACGCAGAUAUAAUUAAAGACAGAAACACAAGAAAAAUGUGUGUGGAUGAGGAAGAAUGAAUAAUGGUUUUCAUGAAUAAUCGAAUAACGAAAAAAUCGUAAUUUUUCUCAAAAACCAACAAAAAAAUAAAUGAGCCCUUGAACGUGGAGAAAAGAUUGAUGAAUCAUAAAAAGUUGGCCUUUCCCUCGCUCCAAACACACAAAAAAACUAAACUAUAUAAUAUAUAUUUGAGAUUGCACAAAAAAGAGGAAUAAAAACCAAUGGUGAGAAAAAACGAACGACGGCGUUCCCUUUUGAUUUUGGUUGGUUGUAAAAGAAAGUUAUGCUGGUUGAGAAAACACUUGAAAAUUAUACUAACUAACAAGAAUGAACUCUCCCACGAAGAUUUCUCUUUUUUUCAAGCUAACAACUUUUAGUCAACUGAAAUAUUUUCGGAAAUGAGAGAAAUAUAAUUGGGACAAUUAUUCAGUGCACUUUCAAGUUUUUUGCAAUACAUAUAAUUUGUUAAAUCACCUUUUCACACACAAGUGACACGAGAAAAAAGCAUAUUUUAUUGGGAUAUCUUCCAAGAGCGAAAGAAAAACUAGAAGAAGAAAAUCUAAUAGUUUUUCGUUGUAUAUAGAUAUUUUAUUGUGUCUGAGCAAAUGCCUCUAAUGUUUUUGCUCUGUGUUUGCGUGACAAAUUAUGUCCGGCUUUCGUUUUUUUUUUUGAAAAAAAAACGAAAAGCAAAGCAAAAUAUUCGAAAAACUCCAGAUGGAGUUUCGUUUUUGCGUAGUAUCCAUUUUUCUUCUUUUUUCUACGACUGAUUUCUGUUCAACGCGACACACAAAAUCGAAUCAGUUUGUGGGGGCGAUGAUACAUUAUUUUAUGUUGGCUGGUAUAUAAAAUGUGUUGUUUUUGACACAACAACAAAUUGACGCGACAUGAAUCAUUUUUACUGACUGAUUUAUAUCCCCGUUUUUACUAAAUGAAACAAUAAACCUAUGAAGAAAACAUAUGAGAAUGAAACAUGGUUCCUUUCGUGAGAAAAAUUCCAAAGAUUUCUGCCAAACACGCGAUUUUUAUUAGUUUUUGAACAAAAAAAUAGGAAAAAAAUGGGUGGCAAUAAUAAUAAAAAUAAAAAUUGUUGGUAGGUGAAUUCAAAAUUCGACUAGCUCAUAUGUGAUUCAGAAAAAUUUCGGGAAAACCCUUUAAACUUUUAAAUUUACAAAUAGAAUUUUUCAAUUUCUAAAGAAAAUGAAUUUUUUUUUUGAAAAAAUUAAAAGUCGUUUCAAUGAAAAAUCUAGAACAAUAAUAAAAAUUCCCGAAAAAAUUAAAACCAUUUCUACACGCGAUUUUUAUUAGUUUUUGAGAAAAGUAUCAAAAAAGUAUUCAUAAAAUAACAACCGAAAACAAUUUCUUGAACUUUUGAAAUGAAAUCAAUUCCGAAAAUGACUCACAAUCAUUUCUAAUAUCAAAAACUAAAUGUAAGAAAAAUCGAUUAUAAUAAUGUCUUUUCAUAACCAAAAAACCACUAUUGAAAAUGAAAAAGACAAAACUAUGUAUUUCGGGAUCUGCAAAGAAAAGAAAAACAGAAGUUCUAAAACAUAACAAUCAAAUAUGCAUACCGUAGAGAAAAAUGAAUGAUGAUGAAAAGCAGAGAAAAACAACAAAAACGAACAUUUAUCCACAAAUUUUCAUUUUUUUACAGGAUGGACGACGACUCAAUUCGUCAUUUGAAGAAAUGUUGAUUGGAAAAACGCAUUUGGUUAUUGAAAAUCCACGAGUGAGUAUAUUAUAUGUAAAGAAAAAAAAGAAAAAAGUCAAAUCCAUCAUCUACAUGAAUAAAAUAUUGAAUAUAAGAGUCACUGACUACUCGCUAUUUUUUCAGGAGGAUACAGCUGGACGCUACACAUGUAUUGCUGAAAACAAGGCUGGAAGAGUUGAAAAAGAUAUGAUUGUUGAUGUUUUAAGUAAGAUCGAAUUCCGAAGAGAAAAACAGAAUAGAAACUAGAAACAAAAGAAUGAGAUGUUUAGUUAAUAAUUGAUAGAAAUGUAUGAAAUUUCAGAACCACCACAACUUCCACAACAAACUAUUUUUACUGAAGUUUCGGAAAAAGAAACUCUCACAUUACAAUGUCCAAUUGAGGUAUGUAUAUUAAUUAUUCAUUUUUUUUCGUUUUUCGAAAAAACGCCAACUUUUUGCGGGAAAAAAUGCACUUCUUUUUUUCAUGAAAUAUUUAAGUGCACUUUGAAAACGUUUUGAAGAGAGGAAAUCUUCUUCACAUCUCGUUUAAAAAAUUUUAAAUCAUUUUCAGGAGAACGAUAACAAUGUUGAUAUCAAAUGGUUCAAACAAGGUGUUCUAAUUCCAGCUAGCGACAGAUUCCAGGUGAUAAAUAUAUAAAAUUGUUUUCUUGGGAAAUUGAAAAUAAAAAAUAAAAUAGGGACCGUGACAGGAGCGAAAACUUCUUUUUUUUUUCAAAAAUGAAUGAAUAAAAGUAAAAGUAAAAGGACAGCUGCAAGGGUGAAUAAUAGAAAAUAUAUAAAUGCUGGAAACAAAAAAAAACACAAAAGAGUUGACCUCAAAAAUCUAUAAUUGUCCAAUUUCGUUUUUCAGAUUUCAAUUGGUCAGGAUAAACUUUAUAUAAUGAAUGCUGAGCCAAGUGACAGUGCACAAUAUUCUUGUACUGUUACAAAUCAAGCUGGAGAAGCAUCAGCAAUGAUCGAUGCAACUGUUAAUGGUACAUCAAAAUUAUUUGAGAAAAAGUCUUUUGAAAAAUAAUGAUAAUUUUUCAGUUCCACCGAAAAUUCUUGGUGAUGUUUAUCAAACCGUGAACGCCGUUGCUAAUAACACUGUUGAAAUCAAUUGUGAUUAUUCUGGAACUCCUGCACCAAAGAUCACUUGGUUCCUUGAUGGAAAAGCGCUUCAUGAUUCAGAUAACUAUGAGGUUUGUUUAAAAAAAAUUCAAGCAUAAUAAGAAAUGUGACAUUUUCAGCUGCGUAAAAAUGAUGGUCAACUUGUUCUUCACAAUAUCACACCAAGUCAAAAAGGAAGAUAUACUUGUAGAGCUGAUAAUAAAGUGGGAAAAGUUGAGCAAGAUACAUAUAUUGAAGUUUCAGGUUAGUUUUUGGUAAUGUGGGAUGGCAGAGAAAUGUAGAACCAACUUUAUAUUUCAAUUUAAACUUCAUAAUUUGUUCGCAAAUUGAAAACUCAUCGAGAGAAUCAUAAGUUGUAGUGAAAUUUUACGAAAAUAAAUUGAAACUCUUGAAAAUGAAACUCGAAAAAUGAACAAAUUCAUUCAGAAUUAUUGUUCAAAUCUCACAAUUUCAUUAUUCACUAAACUCCCUAAAAAUCAAUGUUUCAGUUCCACCAAAGGUGUUCAUGUCUUCGGAAGAAAUGAAAGUAGUUGCUGGUCGACAAGCUACUAUUCGCUGCGAGGUUUGUUUAGUUGUCUUUAUGUCUCCUCCCCUUUUCUUUCUCCAUCUUCUCUCUUCUUUCCUUCUCCCUUUUCUCACAACAGCACACUUAUGUGUAUAACAUUGUAUUGUUGGUUAGAUGUGAGGGGGUAUAGCUCAGGGGUAGAGCGCUCGCUUUGCAUGCGAGAAGUCUGGGGUUCGAUUCCCCAUACCUCCAGUAAUCUUUUUUCUUUUUUUGGAUUUAUUUUUUACUUUCAAUGAUUCUGUUUUAGGUGCUUGGAGAGCCUGAGCCAAGUGUUGAAUGGUUGAAGAAUGGCGAACCUUUCAAAUCGGAUCUUUUGCAAUAUUCAACAAGAUUGAGUUAUUUGCAUUUGCGCGAAGCCGAUGUUAAAGAUUCUGGAAGGUAUGAAAUUAGCAAAACAUUGAGAAAAACAAAUUUAUGUUGAUAAAUUGUAGAUACACAUGCAUUGCUAGUAAUUCUGCUGGAGAAGAUCGAACCAGUACACAAGUGCAAGUUUUGAGUAUGUUUAUUUUUUGUUAUCACGCAAUAAUUACAUAAGAAUUUCUAAUGAUAAUAAUAACAAUAUUUUUCUAGUUCCGCCAGUAAUUGCUGAUGAAGAACGAGUUUUACAAGUGAAAGAAGAAACACCAUUCACAAUUUUGUGCCCAGCUGUUGGAAGUCCAACACCAUCAAUUGUCUGGAAAAAAGAUGGAGUCGAAAUUGAAGGUUUUUUCUUUGUUUUAUUUGACAUUUCAAAGAGAUGAAUGAAAUAAUGGUUUGGUUUAGGAGCUACUACAACAUCGCUUGAUUUGGGAAUUGUUGAUUCGAAAACUGAUGGAAGGUAGGGGGAUUUGCUUUAUUUUUUAUACAUUCAAAAAACAAAACAUUUUCAGAUACACUUGUGUUGCUACCAAUGAAGCUGGAUCUGCUACUGCUGAUUUCAUGGUUGAUGUUAUGACUAGACCGAAGUUUAGCAAGAGUGAAAAUGAAAUCAAGGUGAUUGAAGGUGACAGAACAAAGCUUGAAUGUAAAGUUGAUGGACAUCCAAAACCAACAAUUAAAUGGCUCAAAGGUGGUAGACCUCUUAAUAUGACAAAUAUGAUCUUGUCACCAAGAGGUGAAACUUUGAUGAUUUUGAAUGCAAGAAGAUCUGAUGGUGGUUCGUAUUCUUGUGUUGCUAGAAAUGCUGCCGGUGAAUCGGAAGCUGGUUUCAAUGUGAAUAUUCUAACAGUUCCAUAUAUCGAAGAGCAAAUUGACCAAAAUCCAAGAGUUGUAGCUGGACAAUCAUUGGUUAUGAGAUGCCCAGUUAGAGGAAAUCCUAAACCAGUUAUUCAAUGGUCAAGAAAUAACAAGAAAAUUACAUAUGGUGAUAUUUAUGCAUUACUAAAUGAUCAAGAUCUGGUCAUCAAAGAGCCUAAGGUUAGUAUAGGAAAAUAAUAUUCACUCUUCAGUUAUAAAAAAUACAUCCAACAAUAACUUUCAGACUGAUGAUGAGGGAACUUAUACUUGUGAAGCAUCAAAUGAAGCUGGAGAAUUGAAUACAAACUUUGCCGCCGAAGUUAUUGGAAAACCAACAUUCACCAGACAAGGUGACAAUAUUUAUGAGGUUAUCGAAGAUGAAAGUAUUGUUAUUGAUUGUGGAGUUACAACAAGACCAAUUCCUGAAAUCAAUUGGUAUCGUGGAGAAAAUCCUCUUUAUCUCACUGACAACUUUGCAUUGUCUCACGAUAAUAUGCAAUUAACUGUGAAGAAAGCCAAAUUAUCAGAUGGUGGAAAAUAUAUUUGUCGAGCAUCAAAUGAAGCUGGAAACACUGAUAUUGAUCUCAUUCUCAAAGUUCUCAUUCCACCAAAAAUUGACAAAUCAAAUAUUAUUGGUAACCCAUUGGCUAUUGUUAAUCGAAAUAUUUAUUUGGAAUGUCCUGUGUUUGGUAUUCCUCAACCAUCAGUUAUUUGGACCAAAGAUGGAAAAACUAUCGAUUUAUCAGAUAGUCGAGUCGUUUUUGCUCAUGUGAGUUUUCCGAAUGAAUUAUUUGAGGAAAACAUUUAAAAAUUUUUAAUUUUAAAUUUUUUCAGAACAAUGAAACAUUUGGAAUUGAAGGUGUAACACCUGCAGAUCAAGGAAGAUACACUUGCACAGCUUCUAAUAGUGGAGGAGUUGUUGCUCAUGAUUUCAAUUUGGAUGUUCUUUGUAAGAUCUCUAUGGAAAUUUUCAAAUUCUCAAAAAAUCUUUCAGCGCCUCCAACAUUUGAUGUGAAUAGUACUAAACCAACAAUCAAAAGAGAGGGUGAUACUAUAACUUUGACAUGUCCAAUCAAAAUGCCAGAUGAUGUUGCUGAUCAAGUUAUGGAUGUUACUUGGGUUAAAGAUUCAAGACCAGUUGAUAACAAUGAGAACAAUAUUGAGGUUAAAUUUUUCAUUUUGUUUUUCGAAAAUUUUUAUUUUUUCUAGAUUUCGGAUGAUGGAAGAAGAUUGACAAUUAGUGCAGCCGCUUUGUCGAAUGCUGGAACCUAUUCUUGCAUCGCUUUGAAUCGUGCCGGAGAAACUUCGCUCGAAUUCAAAGUGGAAAUUUUGUGUAGGCAUCUUGCAACCCCGCAGUGCCGUGAGCUCGAAGAUAACUUUAUUGCUCGUCAUACGUCGCAUGUCAUAACCGUAUCACCGACAGAUGUAGCGUAUCGCGAAAAAAUGCGGAGAUAUCAAGAUUAUCUCAGAGACUAUGAAAAUAAUUUGAGACUUCAAAGAGAGGAAACUUUACGCAGAGAGAGAAACUAUUGGGAAAUGAGAAGGAGAAAAGAGGCUGUAGUGAUAAGUAGACCAGCCUUUAGAACUAGAAGAAUAACAACCCCUAGAGUUAUCACAACUACUACAACCACAACAAUGAGCCCUCCUCCUGUUACUCAAAAACUCCCCUGGUCUUAUAACCCUAAAUUUGGUCAUCCGACUGGCGCGAAAGGUGUUAUGAAUGUUAAAGCAACUUUUCAACAACCCAAAAAACUAUCUAGGUCAAAAAGAGUUAGAGCCCAAAUAAGAUGUUUUUAUUAUGACCCACUAACUAGAAAAUAUCUGCGAGAAAAGAGUAAUGAGAAUUCCCGUGACAUGAGAGCAGAUUUUCUUAAUUAUCCAUUGAAUUAAUUAGAUAUUCAUUUUUCCAUGUCUCAUCAGAAUUUCAGAACGACUCUGGCUUGUCCUUGUCCUUGUGUUUUUAUUUAUUUAUUGUCAUAAUCAUAACAUUACUUGUAUAUUGAAUUUGUGUUAAUUUAUUCUGGUUUUUUGUUUGAAGUGUACUUACUUACCAAAUUUUGAUGAUAAAUGAAUCUUUCAUGUAUGGUUGUUUUUUUCUAACACAAACAAUUUGAUAUGCGGUGAAUACUAAACUUACAGAACUGGAAACUUAUUACAAAAAUUACAGCUCCACCUGUUAUUGACACUUCGCGAAAUGAUGUAGCACCACAAGUUGCAUUGAAUCAACCAACUUUGAUGUAUUGCCCUGUUUCUGGACAUCCAUUCCCAGCUGUCAAAUGGCUCAAGGAUGGAGUUCUUGUAACUCGUUAGUCAUUAUUUUUUAAUUUGAAAAUAUAUCUAGAAAAAAUUAAAAUUUUUCAGCCGAUGAUAACAUUCGAAUUAUUGACAAAGGCCAGACUAUUCAAAUUUCAAAGACUGAUUUGAAACAUGCUGGAACUUGGAGUUGUAUUGCUGAGAAUGAUGCAGGCGCCAAAGAACACGAAAUGAUUCUUGACGUUUUUAGUAAGUUUUCUGAUCUAAUUUUUCUGAUCAUAAUUUUUAACAAUUUUUUUAGCCCCGCCAGUGAUUCAAGUUCAUUCUGAAAAUCCAAUAAAGGCGAUCGGAGAAACGAUAACAAUUUAUUGUAAUGCAUCUGGAAAUCCACAGCCAACAUUAAAAUGGACUAAAAAUGGUCAACCACUUCAUGAUUCGUCAGAUGGUGUUAGAAUAUCAUUGAAGGGAAGUCGAUUAGAUAUUCCACACCUCAAGAAAACUGAUGUUGGAGAUUAUACAUGUUUGGGAGUUAAUGAAGCUGGAACUUCGGAUAAUAGUAUUUCGGUUGAUGUUUUAGUUCCACCAGAGAUUUCCAGAGAUGGAAUCGAUAUGUCACCGAGACUUCCAGCUGGACAAAGUUUGAGUUUACAAUGUCUCGCAAGUGGAAAACCACAGCCAACUGUAAAAUGGAUGUUGAAUGGAACAUUGAUCAGUGAAAAGACUCCUGGAAUCACAAUUGCUUCGGAUGCGAGAUUUGUCCAAAUCAACAAUUUAACAUUGUCAGAUAAGGGUGUUUAUACUUGUCUUGCUGAAAAUGUGGCUGGAAAUGAUAAAGUUAUGUAUAAUGUUGAUGUUGUUCGUAAGUCAUUUUUUUUAUAAUUGAUCUAACUUUUCAAAAAAUUUGAAAAAAAAUAACAGAAGCGCCAGUUAUUUCAAAUGGUGGAACUAAACAAGUAAUCGAAGGAGAUAAUGCUAUUAUCGAAUGUUUGGUCGAAGGAUAUCCAGCUCCACAAGUUUCGUGGCUUCGAAAUGGAAUUCGUGUGGAAACUGGAGUUCAAGGCGUUCGAUAUGUUGCAGAAGACAAAAAUUUGACAGUUUUUGAAGCGAGAAGUGCAGAUUCAGGAAUUUAUGUCUGCGCUGCAACAAAUGAAGCCGGAACUGCGCAACAAGCUUAUACUCUUGAAGUUUUGAUAACUCCAAAGAUUGUGAAAACCGCACCACUUACAUUGUCUCAAGCAUCUGGUUCAAAGUUCAGUAUUCCAUGUUCAGUUCGAGGAUAUCCAGAACCUGAUAUUUAUUGGAGUUUGAAUGGAAAACAACUUAUCAAUGGCACAGAUGGGUUCUUGAUUAGUGAGUUAAUUGGUUUCAAAUUAAAUUUAUAUUUCUUUGAGUUUAGGCGACGAUGGCACAUUGACUGUUGAAAGUGCUGAAGGCAGAAACUUGAAAUUCGAAUGUAAUGCCAAAAACGCUGCUGGAGACGAUACACUUGAAUAUAAUGUUCAAACAAUCAGUGAGUUUCUGAUCGAUGCAGGGUUUUCAAAAUAAUUUUAUAGAUCUUUUUUUGCUUCUUUUGAUCCAAAUCUCAAUUUAACAUAUUUCAGACGCUCCAAAGAUCAGUUCAACAGGUGAUCGUUAUGUAAAUGGAUCGGAAGGAGAACAAACUUCGAUUAAUUGUGAUAUGGAAGGUGAUACUUAUGAUAUCACUUGGAGUAGAGUAAGUUUUAAAUCUCUUUUUUUUCGAAUCAUUCAUUGAUAUUUCCAGAACGGUAGCCCACUUCUUCCAUCCAGUAAUAUUAAUUUCUCUGAUGAUAAGAAAACAAUCAAUAUUGUAUCAACAAGAUUGACCGAUGGUGGAGAAUAUAGUUGUACAGCUACAAACAAAGCUGGAACUGCUACUCAAAAAACCAAAUUGAAUGUUGGAGUUCCACCAAAAAUCCUUGAAAGACCCAAAACUCAAGUUGUUAACAAAGGAGAUCAAGUAACACUUUGGUGUGAAGCAUCAGGAGUUCCACAACCAAAUAUUGAAUGGUAUCGAGAUGACGUCCUAAUUUCAAAUAGUGAGUUAUCAAAAAUCAUUUCAAAUGAAACCUAACAUAUUUCUAGCGGCUGUUGCUGAAACCACAACAACAAAGAAGAAGGCAGCAAUUUUCUCCUCAAUCACACCUGAACAAUCUGGAGUUUACACUUGCAAAGCUGAAAAUUGGGUUGGAGAAACUGAAGAAGAUGUUGAUCUUAUUGUCAUGAGUGAGUUCUUCGGAAUAGAUUUUUUCUGUUUAUCAUAAUGUUUUUCAGUUGCUCCUGAAGUUAUUCCUGAAAGAAUGAAUGUUUCGACAAAUCCAAGACAGACAGUUUUCUUGUCUUGUAAUGCUACUGGAAUUCCAGAACCUGUUAUCAGUUGGAUCAAGGUUCCUAACACGGCUAUUGUUGCAAAUGAAAGUGAGUUGUAAAUAUGUUAUUUCUAGUAACUUGUUUUUGUAGAAUAUCAACUUCUCGGAACUACAUUGGCCAUUCGAAAUGUGCUGCCAGAUGAUGAUGGUUUUUACCAUUGUAUCGCAAAAUCAGAAGCUGGCCAGAAAAUCGCAUCAAGAAAAUUGUCAGUGAAUAAAAUCAGCGAUAAACCAGCUCCAAUUUGGGUGGAAUGUGAUGAGAAUAACAAACCAAAACGAACUGAAUAUAUGGUUGAUCGAGGUGAUUCUCCAGAUGAUAAUCCACAACUUCUUCCAUGGAAAGAUGUUGAAGAUGAAUCAAUCGAUAAUAGCAUUACAUAUCGUUGUAUGCCUGGUCCACGAUCUGCAAGAACUGUACUUCUUCACUCAGCUCCACAAUUUAUUGUCACCCCAAAAAAUCAUACAGCAGCUCUUGGCGCGACAGUUGAUUUGAAAUGCAGUGCUGCUGGACCACCAGUUCCAGUUAUAAGUUGGGCAAAGAAUGGAAGAAUGAUUGAGAGAAACAAGACUGAACUUGGUUAUUCAAUUCUCAAAGUUCAAUUAAACAAUAUUUCGGAUUCUGGAAAUUAUACAUGUUUUGCACAAAAUAGUGUUGGUAUCAGCACAGUAAGUUUAUUGCUUUCUUCUUUUACUUUUGAAUAAAAAAUAUUAUUCAGUCAGUUUUAAUAUAAUUAUAUUUUCAGUCUGUUGCUUAUCUCACUCUCGAUGAAAUGACAAGAAAUCCAGAAAAUGAUAAGAAGAAGAAAAAUGUUGCGGUUAUAACUUGUUAUGAUAGAAACGUUGCAUACAGUCGAGGAAUAACUUGGGAAUUCCGUGGUGUUCCAUUACAGCGAAAUCUAGCUGGUAUUCAUUUCAUGAAUAAUGGUUCUUUGGUUAUUUUGGACACAACUACUUUGAAACCUGGAGAUUUGAAACUAUACACUUGUAGAGUCAGAAAUCGCCGCCGCCAUACAGUUGCACACUUGGUACGCGUUCAAACUUGAUUUAGAAAAAAACAAAAACAAUUUUUUUUUCUAGAAAUCAGCAUUUGAGGAACUUCCAGUUGUAAAAACUCCAGAAAAAGUUGUUGCCAAUUCCGGAGACCCAGUUGUUAUUGAUUGCGAAGUUCGCGGUGAUCCAUUGACAACAAAUGUUUUGUGGACAAAGAAUGAUCAAAAAUUGGUUGAUGAUGAUGUUGUAUAUGUUUUGGUGAGUUCUAGAAUCUUCAGAAAAAAAAACUGAAUCAAUAAAUAUUUCAGCCAAACAAUAGUCUUGUUUUGAUGUCUGUUGAAAAAUACGAUGAAGGAACUUAUAAAUGUGUAGCAUCAAAUAAUAUUGGCAAAUCAUACGAUGAUGUUCAAUUAAUUGUUAAUGGUUUGUUUUGAAAACAUGCUAAAAUGCUUAUUCCUCAGUUUUGUUACCCUGCUGCUGACCUUAACAUGUUAUCCAAAUACUAACCAACAGCCCUUUCACGUUAGAAACCGGUCAGUAAAAAGGUGACAUUAGUUUUCGAAAAAAAGAGUUUUCUUUUUGAAGAAGAUGAGUUUUCACAACUGGCCGGAGACGAAGGAAGUGGUUUUGAUCCACCUUUGCUUUCGAAUCCAGUUUCUCCUACAGAAUCAGACGAAGAGGGAGAGUUCGAAAUUGGAACCGAGUCCACAACUUCCUCGAGCACAACGACGAGCACGACAACUACAGCUGCUCCGAAAACCACAACAACAGAAAAACCCGUUGAAGGAAGUGCACUUCCUGAAACCAAAGUGAGUUCAUUAUAGAAUAUUUUAUGGAACAGGAACAUCCGAAUUUUAAUCAGAAUUGUACUUGUUUUUUGCAAGUUCUAGUUUUUUUUCAUCAACAUCUAGGAGCGAAAUCUCACAAUCAUAUUUAUAGGAAGCUGAACCAACCACAAUUGAUUCAAUUGUUGAAAAACCAAUCACUGAAGGGCAAUUUGUUGACACUCCUGAUUGUUAUGAUGGAGAAAUUGAUGAGAACGGAGAAUGUAUUGAGAAAAACGGGGAACAUCAUAAAUUGAAGAUUCUUGCUGGAAAUGAUAAUUGUCCAAGUGGUUUCUCGUGGAACACUAGAACAGGAGUCUGUGAAGGUAUGUAAAUUAUUUUCAAAAUCAAGAAAACAGUUAUUUCGAAUUUAUGAUUUUUUCAGAUAUCGAUGAAUGUGCUUUUGAUCAACCUUGUGAAUUUGAAUGUACCAACCUUGAAGGAAGCUAUAAAUGUCGUUGUCCAGACGGCUAUGAUUUGACAGAAGACGGAUGUUUCGGUACCUCUCUUUUUUCUCUAGGUACUUAUCACUUAUUCACAAUUUUUCAGAUAUCAACGAAUGUGAUGAGAUGCGUUGUGACGCUGGAAAAGCUUGUUUCAAUAAACUUGGUGGUUAUGAAUGUAUUGACGAUCCGUGCCCAAGCAAUUUCACACUUGUUGAUGAUCGAUAUUGUGAACCAAAUUGUGAUAACUGUGGUGAUAUGCCAAUCACAGUUCAUAUGUUGGCAAUUCCAGCCGGUCUUCCUGUUUCACAUAUUGCUACUUUGACAGCUUAUGACAAACAUGGAAGAGUAUUAACUGAUACAACAUAUGCAAUCUCUGAAACGUAUCAAGGAUUGGAUAAGAGUAUGAAACACAUUUUUUUCAGCAAGUUAAAUUUAAUCAUUAAUAUAUUUUCAGAACUCACUCGUGCUGGUCCAUUUACCAUCAAAGCUGUAAAUGGAGGUCACGCACAAGUUUGGACAAAUAGAGUACUCCGCCCUGGAACUCAUCACAAAGUCAGAGUACGAGCUCAUUCUGAUCAAGGAGAAAAAGAGUUGAACACACCGAAAGAGACAAACUUCUUGGUUUUGAUCAAUGUUGGGCAUUAUCCAUUCUAA